UUACUUAGUAUUAUUAGCAGUUUCAUUGCAAUGUAUGCAUUUGAAACUUUAUCAUAUUAUAGGCAAAAUUAUCAUUCCCGCUGGUUCAUUGCCAUAUGCUCACCACUAUUUUCUGUUUUCUUUUCUCUGCUCACCACUGUUUCUUCCCCUCGCGCUCCGCCUUCCGCCUGCCGCCAUCAUUCUGGCUCUGGCUGUCCCUUGGACUCACUGCUGUUUCUACGUCUUGCAUACUGCUUUGCGCUUCUGUUAUUUUACCACGUAUUUUGUCUUGUGCUUGUCUUCCAAUUCGCCGCUGCCACUUUAGCCUGAGCUCUAUCUACACCAAGGAUGCCACCACAGAACAAGUUCUGCAUUUUU